AUGGACUCUGGAUCUACUCAAGACAGUUAUGUGCAAUCAUCUGUUCAACAACACAAUGAUCAUCAAUCACAACCUCAAGAAGAAGUUGUACAGUCACAGCAACCAAUUCAAGAACAACAACCAAAACAGCAGGAGCAACAACAACAUCAUCAUCACCAUCAUCAGCAACAACAAGAGUUGCAACCUCAACAGCCUGAACAACAGCCACAAUUUCAAAUAGCUCAACUUCAACAACAGGCACAAUUCCAACAGCCACAGUUUCAACAACAGCCACAGUUCCAGCAUCCACAACUUCAACAACACCCACCACCACCACCACCUCCUCCUCAGCAGCAGCAGCAGCAGCAGCAACAAGAUGACUGCAGUAUUUUAUCACCAACUUUAGCUGAUAUUUUAAGUGAUGACCGUAUAUUAAGGUUUUAUCAAUGUGUUAAGGAUAUUAAAACGCAAGGUUCACCAAAGCAAACAGCCGCUAUGUUUUUCGCUCUUUGUCAUGCCCUUGGUGACUCUGUAUCUUUCUUAAAGGUACCCAAUAUGUCCAAAAUUAUGUUCCGUCAAGAACAGCAAAUUUUUGCUGUUAACGUGGCUGGUACUCAACAAGAGGCAGUACAAAUGUUUCAAAAUAACCACCAAGAACAUCAUACACCUACUUUACAUACAGCUCCUGCUCCAACUAAUAUGAUUGACCCAUAUAAGGGGAUCACUGCAACUACAGGCUUGAUGCAUGACGUUGAUUCUACCCAUACCUCUAAUCUUUUUUCUGCUACUGCAGCAGAUGGUUCUCCUCAGCAUUUACUUCAAGCUGCUUUGGCUUCUGUUACAUCACAAGUUGGCCAUCACCAACCACUUCCUCCUCAACCUGUUACUACCUCUAAAAGAAAGAAUAAUCAUGACAAUAAAGAUACUACAAAAAGAGCGAAAAAGGCUUCUCCUAGAGAUAAAGAAUAUGCUGUUCGUCGUAAUGAAAUAAUUCAAGACUUGUUAAAAGUAUCAGAAGCAGAUUUAUUACAUCAAGCUAAUAUAGUAGAUAGUGAAGUUAAACUCAUUAUUCAAGGGCAUGAAAGGUCCACGAAAUUCGGCAUGCUUGCUCCUCUUCAUCGUUUUGCUGCAUUUGCCAAUUUACCUGCUCAUUAUGACUGUGAUUUUGCACCCAAAAAUGCAGGCGUGUAUUACAACUACGAGUACUUUCAACUCUAUUUGGCUUAUCGUGAUUUAGAAGCUGAACGCCAGCAACAACAACAAAUGGAAGGAGGUGAUCCUCGAUCAAUCUUGUCACAAUGUCGUGCUGAUAUUGAAAAGGUAUUGGUCAGUACAAAUUGGGAAGCUAUUCGUCGUCGUUUGACGAUUGGUGAACGUAUCUGCCAAGUGUGUGGUAUAGUUGGACGUGGUUUCUUACUGUUAAGUAAACAGGUCUCUGGACGUAAAUUGUUACACAAUUUUAACACAGGUGAAUGGGGUGAAUUUAUGCGCGAAUUUGAAAAGCAAGAGAAUCAGCCUUUAUUACAAACUCUUCAAACAAAAUAUAAUCCUGAGAGAUUUUAUGGUCCCCGUCAAGAAUUACUUAUUGUUCCCGCUAGUGCAGCUGAAAUGUCUCAUAUGACUGGACUCCCUGAUACUGCUGCUACUGCUACUACUGCUACUGCUACUGCUACUGCUACUACCACCACCACCACCACCAUCAAAACUGAUAUGAUAAAUACCACACCAGAACCAUCGACAUCAACGGUGGCAACUGCCCCCGAUAGUACUGUCUCAGUUGGCUUAACUACUCCUACAAUCACGUCGGAUAAUAUAAAUGCUACACCAACAGAUAAUACUGCAAAUAAUAAUAAUAAUAAUAUUGUUGCAACUGUUGAAUCGGCCCCCGCUUCUCCAGAUCAUGUUGCAGCUGUUGCAGCAGCUGUUGCAGCAGCCGUUGGUACACCUGUCACUGACACCGCCACACCUUUAUCCACUUCUACUGAAACUAAAGAAUAA